GCCAUCGAGACAGAAAUGCAGACUAUUCCUAGUCUUGCAAAUGGAGCUCUAAUUAUCUGUAGCAAGAUUCCAAUCGCCAAGAAAGACGCUCGAUAUAAACCGCGGAGGCACGAAUUGCUGCUCAACCGGCGGCCUUGAAGUCUUUAUCUCGAUCAGUUGCCCACUUUUGCAGAUUGCAGGGCGCGCAGUACUGCCGACAGCAACUCAAGGAGAAACGCAGGUGCCUGCCUAGCCUCAGCAGGCAGGCAUGCCGAUCCCGGUUGAUCUGGGCGAGCCUGACAACAGGAGGUUCUUCGUGUGGGUGGAAGACAAUAUAUUGACGAUAUUACCACCUGAUGCCGAUGACCAUGAGUACUCUGGAUUUAAUAUGUGGACCGUCCAAAAGCCUUCAGCUGGCUCAACCGCCAUUAACUUAUUAUUUCCAGGAGGCGCAACCGCAGCUGAACUAAUGUACGCCGUUCCUGGAGCCUCCAAGUGCUCCAAACCCGAGGAUGAUGAUGCCGUAUACUGCGUCGAGGCCCAAGUUCACUUCAUUGGAGAACAACUUGACGGUACCGAGUUCGUUUCAACCCGAGAAAAUGGUGUUCCACAAAGGUUUAUACUGGGACAAGAGAAUGUGAUGCAUGGCUUAAGCUUGGUGGUCAGCGCAAUGCGACCAGGGGAGAGAGCUAUAUUCACCAUCCCUCCAAAGUUAGCCAUAACCAAGUCUGGCUCCCCUGCCAGUAUUCCGUCAAGCAUACCUCCCGAGCAAACACUACGGUUUGAGAUUGAACUCAUUUCGCUGUUUGCUAUAACUGAUAUCCUCGAAAAUGGAAGCAUAUUGAAAAAGAUCAUCAAGCGCCCAUUACCGGACAAAUCUCCCUCCAAUCAUGCAGAUACUGUAAUUGUGAAUUACAACGCAUGUCUAGAAGACGGAAAUUCAGUUUCCAAAUCUGAACGUCUUGAAUUGAACCUUGCCAGUCGUACCGGUUUCUUUUGUCCAGCUUUGAAAUAUGCUGUGAAGACUAUGAGGGAAGGAGAGGAAGCGAUAUUCAUUGUAAAGCCAAGAUAUGCUUUCGGUGCUCAAGGCAGGGAUUCUACUGGAGACCAAGCUGCUGUGCCCCCUGAUGCAACUCUUUAUCUGUACGUCCAGUUAGCUGAACGGAAGACAGCUAAACAAAAUGAAGCAGAGGAAAAAGGACCAUUCAUAGAUGGCCCGAAUGAAGCCAAGACGACAGCCAGAGCUCUUCCCAAGCGUCGUCCUGUCAAGCCGGGAUUCUCCUUGCCUGUAGUACAGAAUGAUAGACCUACGUAUCCUGGACACGUUCUCUUCGUCCCACAUGUGGUAGAAGAAGAGGAGGCAGAUGCAGGCCAAGCUGCUUCAACUACUACUAGUGGUCUUGCUACACCGCCAACGACUGCCGCCGAUGUUGGCACGAGUGCAGCCACAAACAGCAGCGCUGCUCAAGGCUCGGGGAUAGUCAAGACGGAGACAGGUUUCCUCUUCAAACGUUUCAGGCCAUGGCCUGCAAACUGAAGCGAUCAUUCGUGAUCAAUUGUGCCACUGUGUCAUCACCGGAUCAUUCGUGAUCAAUUGUGUAUUUCGGUUAUACUAAUAAGCUUGGACUCCUAAGGUGAUUGUACUCGUGUCAGGUCGCGUUAUUUUGAGUGUAUCCCUUUAUUGGGUUAACGUACUUUUACUUCUCUGUAUAUCAAUAAAAUAAGACAGUUUUUGCAUUUGCUUGAAAAAGAGACAAAAAGCAUUGCUGAAUA